AUGCGCUCUCUUAUCAUUCUGCUUAGUUUCCUUCUGGUGUGCGAAGGAAACAUAGAUAGUAGGUGCUUGCAGCCAGUUAACGGACCAGUGUGUAGGGCUUUGGUGAAGCGAUGGAGCUACGAUCCAACAACGAACAAAUGCAAGACUUUCAUGUACGGAGGUUGUGGAGGAACGGAGAACAACUUCUUAUCUGAGGAAGAAUGCAUAAAAACCUGCGUCAGAAGGGCGGGUGUAGCGCAGUCGAUCCGAGAUCCUCUGUGGUCGCACAAUCGAGGGUUCGAAGUCCCAAGCCUUUCAUCCCUCCGAGGUCGAUAA